AUGGCGACAGGACCUGCGACUCAAUCCCUGAAGUGUGUGGUAACAGGUGACGGUGCUGUUGGAAAAACAUGUCUCCUGAUUUCGUACACAACCAACGCCUUCCCCGGUGAAUAUAUACCCACCGUAUUCGACAACUAUACUGCCAGUGUAAUGGUAGAUGGCAGACCGAUCAGCUUAGGACUUUGGGAUACUGCUGGACAGGAAGAUUACGAUCGUCUUCGCCCGUUGUCCUAUCCGCAAACCGAUGUAUUCCUGAUCUGUUUCUCCAUUGUUAGCCCUCCCUCGUUUGAUAACGUGAGAGCCAAGUGGUUCCCCGAAAUCGAACAUCAUGCUCCCAACGUACCCAUCAUUCUCGUCGGUACCAAGCUCGAUCUGAGAGACGAUCGGGCCACUCUAGAAACUUUGCGCCAGAGGAAGAUGGAGCCCGUCUCCUACGAACAGGCUCUGGCCGUGGCCAAGGAAAUCCGAGCACACAAGUACCUGGAGUGCUCCGCUCUCACACAGCGUAACCUGAAAAGUGUAUUCGACGAGGCCAUUCGUGCUGUCCUCAACCCCCGGCCUACGGCGAAACCGAAGAACAAGAAAUGUGUCAUUCUGUAG